AUAAACCAACCCAAGAAAAGGAGAAAAUAAAUAAGUAAAAAGAUAUUAUCAUUAUCCACCGCCGAUCUCCCACGCAAUACACUCUGUGUGUGGCUCUCGCUUCGCUCCGAUUUAUCAUAUUUCAAUUCCUUCUCCGUCAAUUCACGAACCCUCUUGCUUUAUUCAAUCUGAUUUCAGUUUGCUUGAUACAAUUUGAAGAAUUGCAUGGAAUUCCCCCAGACGGCGGCGAUUUGUAGUUGUACUUGAACAGUGUGCUUUGCAUUCCCGACUUAAUGAGCUCCCCAUGCCUUUAUUAGAUAUUGCUAUUUCAAAACCUUGCUCUUGUUUCCUCAACAAUAUAAUAGCAUUUAGGUCAGAAAUCGAUCUUCGUAAGAAAAUUGUAGUUGGCAAUGAUAGGAGAUUGGUAUUGGCAUCCACAUUUUCUGGGAGGAAUUUUUGUACUGGAGGAAAAGUGGGAGGAGAUUUUAUCUCGGGGAGAGCCGGGAUAUGGCGGGGUAGGCUGAUGAUAAGGGCCGUUGGUACGCUCGAAAUUGCUAGUGUACCUUGUAAAAAUGGAGGGGUAAAGAGGCUUCAAAAUGUAUUGAUGAUGGAUGUUGAUUCAGUGAGGUCGAAUUCCACUGAUUUUGAACCGCCACAAUCUUCAAGUGAAGGCUCAACAGAUGUGGAUGAUAGGGAGAAGUUGAGACGGAUGAGGAUUUCCAAAGCGAAUAAAGGGAAUACACCGUGGAACAAAGGCAAGAAGCACAGCCCAGAAACCUUGAGGCGGAUAAAAGAAAGAACAAGGCUGGCAAUGCAAAAUCCUAAGGUUAAAGCCAAGCUGAUUAACCUGGGCCAUGCUCAAAGCGAAGAGACAAAGUUGAAAAUCGGAGCUGGUGUUCGGCUAGGAUGGGAGAAACGCCGUGAGAAGUUGAUGGUCCAGGAUACUUGCUACUACGACUGGCAAAAUCUUAUUGCAGAGACUGCCCGUAAGGGCCUUCAAGGUGAGGAACAAUUGCAAUGGGACUCGUACAAGAUCUUGGAUGAAGAACUUCAGCAGCAAUGGCAACAGAGCGUCGAGAAAAGAAGAAGCAUGCCAAGACUGAAGGGAAGCAAGAGAGCACCCAAAUCUGCAGAGCAGAAGAGGAAGAUCUCAGAGGCCAUAGCUGCAAAAUGGGCUGAUCCUGAAUAUCGAACUCGGGUUUACUCUGGUCUAGCUAAAUAUCAUGGCAUUCCGGAAGGGGCUGAAUGGAAGCCUAAGAGAAAGCCUGCUGGUGGACAGACUCGAAGCAGAAGCCGCAAAGACAAAGAUGAGAACGACGAUGCUGCAAAACACAAGAUGAAGAGCCUAAAUCAACUUAGAGCAAAGAGAAGUAAAGCGCCAUCAUACAAGGACCCAUUAGCAAGCACCAAACUUGAGAUGUUGAAAAAAAUUCGAGCCAAAAGAGCUGCUGCAGUCGAUGACCCGAAAACUGAAGCCAUCACGAAGGCCAAGUCGUUGAUUGCAGAAGCUGAGAAGGCUGCCAAGGCACUUGAAAUAGCUGCUAAGACGAGCCCUCUCGCGCAUGCUUCCUUAAUGGAAAGCAGGAUGCUGAUCGCGGAAGCACAUAAGCUCAUCGAAUCCAUAGAAAUCGAAGAUGCAGCAGCAUCCUUUGAAGAUGAGAACGGAAAUGAUCUAUCCGAGCGAGUUCCAAAUCUCGUAGAGCCCAUGAAAGUAAAUGGAGUCCACAGCAUCUCUGCUGAUCUUGAAGAAACCGAUAGUUUCAGUUUUGAUGAGUUCAUUUUCGCUGAUUUCAUCAACGGCAACAGCUCAAGUCCUUACCCUCUUGAAACGGAAGAACGCCGGCCUAAUGGCUUCGUCUCAUCGGUUUUGGAUAACAUGAUGAACAGCUCUGAUCAGACCAAGAAGCACGUCAAUCCUAAACCAAACCUUAAUGGGAUCUCAGUUCAUACGCGAAAUCUGGCUGACAACUGGCCGGAGCUCCGAUCAGAGAAUGCAGAAGCAGCUAUUAAAGAGGCGAACGUGAUCAAGAAAUGGGUUCGUGGGAGGCUCGUUGAAGUUGAAGAAGAAGAAGCCUAGGUUAGUUCUAGCAUUUUUAGAAUUCAUGCAUAGUUUCUAUAUCCAUAUUGCUAGGAAAUAUAGAGUUUUCGAUACUAGCUUAUUAUAUCCAGGUUUUCAUGUCCAAGAAUCAUCUAAGUUUCACUUAAAUCUCAAUAUUCAAUUAAGAGAUUCGAAAUGCAAUACAUGUCAAAAUUUUGAAAA